AUGGUUUUUGAGACACUAGUUGCUGAUCUCUUAAAUCGAUAUCUUGGCAGCUACUUGGAGACCCUUAGUGCCUCACAACUCAGUUUGGGUCUGUUAUCUGGUAACGUAUCCCUAGAAAAUGUCGAUGUGCGAGCUACCGCAUUCGAUGAUUUUCAAAUACCCAUCAGGGUUAUACAAGGCCAUAUUCGUAAACUAAAACUUAAAAUACCAUACAAAAAUCUGUACACGGAACCUGUGGUUGCUGAAUUAGAGGGCUUAUACAUCCUUGCUGUUCCUCGAGCUGCUGCUGUUUAUGAUGAAAAUAAGGAGCGUCAAUAUCGUCGUGAAGCUAAACGAAGGACUCUUCAAUCCAUUGAUGAACUUCGUCAAGUGAAACAGCUGCAAGAAAAAGAGUCUUCAGAUACAUUUUUGGAAAAACUUGCCUCUCAGAUUAUUAAAAAUGUUCAAGUUAUAAUUGAAAAUAUUCACAUUCGUUAUGAGGAUCAGACUACUAUUCGUGGGAUGCGAUUUUCUGCCGGUAUAACUUUGAAUCGAUUAGCUUUUCAGACCUGUGAUAGCUUUGGUCAGCCAGUUAUUCUUGCGAAUGAUUCGUCGAAAGAGUUCUUCAAGCUUGCUGAACUGGAUUCGCUUGCUAUUUACUGGAAUCAUAAUUCGGCAAUUUAUGGAAAUCUCCCAACCGGGCCUCUUAGAAAUGUUAUGAGUUCCUCCAUUGCAAGCUUUGAUAAAACCAAAACAGGAAUGGAUUACAUUAUUCGACCGAUUUCAUUCAACUCACUUCUUCAUGUACAUAUGCAACCUGAAAAGGCUCAAUUUAAGAUCCCUCAAGUCGGAAUAGACAUUAAAUUCGAAGAAAUUGAGGUAGACCUCCAGCAUAAUCAAUACGUCGACAUUCUUCUUCUUCUCGACUCUGUUGAUCGAUUGAUCCUUCAAAAUAAAUUCUUGAAGUAUAAGUCAGUGGUUGAUUCCAAGAAAUAUUCUAAAACUAGCACCUCAAGGUGGAUGUUUGCCUAUAAUGCAGUGUUGGAGGAGAUUGUUCGACGUCGAACACGCGUAUGGUCUUGGGAACAUAUCAAAGAACAUCGACAGAUGAUUAAAGACUACACCAACUUGUGGACCAAAAAACUGUUGAAUGAGACCCUUACUCCCCAAGAGUUGGAAAUGAUUGAUACCCUUGAAGAUGAGCUGGAUGUGAUGAACUUGACCUUGACUCGUCAGCGAGCAGAAAUUCAGGUAAACUUGAGUUGA